UUAAAAAUGAAAGUCAAAAAAGAUGGCGAUUUCAUACCUCCCGAUGGGGGUUGGGGUUGGAUGAUUGUCUUCGCUGCUGGAUUUUCAAACUUGUCAGCACUACCAAUGUUACAACAGUUCGGCCUGUUGUUCCGAGACAAGUUCUCCCGUCUGGGCAUUACCAGUUCGCAAACAACGACUAUCAUCAACAUGAACUCCGCGCUGACCUCUUGCGUCGGAUUAGCAAACGGUCCAAUCUUUAAAAUAUUCAGCUAUCGUCAAGUUUCACUUACCGGAGCGUUAAUUGUUUUUAUGUCACUACUGUUAACAUCAUUUUCUUACAACUUUGUUACGUAUUUGACAUUUUUCUCUAUAUUUUAUGGUGCAGGCUAUGGUAUCAGCAGUUCAGCGAACGCCUUAGCUUUAAAUACAUAUUGGAAAAACAGACGAAGAUUAGCUACAGGAUUAUCAUGGACUACAACAGGCUUAGGUCCUGUUGUAUGGCCACAUAUUAUAACUGGACUUUAUGCCGCCUUUGGCGAAAUGGGUACAGUUCUUAUUAUAAGUGCAUUCGCAUUACAUUCAGUGGCAUGCGCUCUCUUACUUCAGCCAGUAAAAUGGCAUUCUAAAUCUCCAACUAUCAUAACCCAAGACGAAGAGAAAUUAAUGACUCCAAUACCAAGAAUGGUUAAUUUGAAAAGCGAAAACAAAAUUAACGAAAGCAGUUAUUUUAAUCAACUUUCAAAGAUAAGAAGUCAUAGUCUCUUAUCUAGUCAGUAUCUUUACAACGAAGAUGAUCCAGUUACUCCUGGGUAUGAAAUAACAGACCCUGGUGUACCUAUGAUGCUGAGAGCAAAUGAUGGCUAUUUUAGUCAAUCGAGGCAAUCCAGAAGUAGACUCUCUUCUGUGGAAGCAUCUGCUAAAACAUCACGCUUAAAUUCAAAAAAAUCAUCUAUGUCUAACCUAUUAGACAACCGAUCGCGAAAAUCGUCUAUUUUAUAUCUUAAUGAGUCCAAAAAAAAUUCCUCGGCUAACCUAGGAACCCUUGACCGUGAACCCAAGCAAACAAAUAAGCUAAAACGGAAAUCUUCAAUAACUUUUAAUACUCAAAUUCCAGAAUCAGAAAUAGAAGAUUGCCCAACAUUAAAAGCACCUCAAGAUUUGAAAGCAGAUGAAAAAGCCGAGGUAGAAAAAAUAGAUUCACAAAAGGCGAAAUAUAUUGCAAAUAAAGCAGAAAUGAAUUUAACAGGUACGAAAAGUAUCAAGUCGCUUAAAAUGGAUAGACAAUACAGUGAAAAGUAUCAUAAAGACAACCAUAGUAAUGUUUCAUUGAAAAAUCAAGAUGAAAUAGACGAACGAAAAUAUUUGAAAGAUAAUCACAGUAAUCAAUCCUAUCGCACAAAGCAAAGGCGUAAAUCUAAUAAUUUUAACUAUGAGAGUGAAGUACUUAAGGAAGCUUCGUUAAAAUUGGAAAAAUAUUUGAAAGAGACUGAAGAUAGAUAUCAAACGGAUAAGUUUAAACUUUUAAUGAAUAGUCCUUUAGAGGAUGAUGUUUUUAAAGUGAAAAAUGAGGAAGGGAAGCAAGACGAAAUAGAAGGAGAGAGUGAUUUGACGUUCUGCCAAAAAGUCUACAUAUUUUUCGACUUGGAUCUCCUAAAAGAUCUUACUUUUAUCAAUUUAAUGUUGGGAAUCACAUUGGCGAAUUUUAAUGAGUUAAACUUUUCAUUAUUAACGCCAUUUAUUCUAGGAGAUUUCGGAAUGACUAAAUCUCAAGUAGCCAUAUUUAUGUCUUUAUUGGCUGGAGUAGAUAUUUGUGUUAGAUUUUGUAUUCCUUUUGUAGCAGGAAAAAUUGGAUGGGAUAAUAACUCUUUUUUCUUAUUCGGUGUUAUGUUGAUGGCCACGGGCAGAGUAGUGCUGUCUUACUGUCAGGAUUACUCUGUAGUACUCAUGGUAGCAGUAAUUGUUGGUUUUGGAAAAGGUCUUCGAACAGUUUUUAUGGCUCUUGUGAUUCCUACUCACGUUCCUCUGCAUAAAUUGCCGGGUGCUACAGGGCUACAGUUAUUAACUGCUGGCAUUGUUUAUCUGACUUUAGGACCAGUAGUCGGGUGGAUAAAAGACACUGCAUCUACAGCCGUUACAUUACAUUGUCUUAACAUCUUUACCUGGCUCACUGCAAUAUCUUGGGGCUUAGAAAAAUUCUUAACAUCGAGGAAGAAUGAAAUUCAACAUGAACUAAUAAAAUCGUGAGGCUAAAGUAAAAUUAAUAAGAUUACUCCAAUAAAUAAUUAAAUACAUUAUAUAUAUUCAUUUUAAGUUCUAUUAAGUGAAUAAUGCCCGAAUAAAUGGAAGCUAUUAACCAAUGAUGUCGAUUAGUGUCGACUGAGGUCGAGUUACUGGGGUCAGUCGUCCGCCAGUGCGCGUACUAACAUUCGUAACAUGUGUCACGAUAACAUCUUUACUAAUGUUAGCUAGAAUACUGUAGCUACCUUUCUUUUUGAUAAGUACUAAAUUUAAGAAACAAAGUGUUAAGUGUAUGGAUUUCAUUGAUUUUCUCCUAAUAAGUGUUAUGUGCCAGGACAAAGGUGUUCUAAGGAUACGUUUUAACAGAAAAUAAGAAAACCAAACAUUAUAAAUUAAAUAAGGAAUUUGAGUUCUUAAUCACAGUAUGUAUUACUAAAUACACCACUAAAAUAGUGUGUUAAAGAACGUAAAACGUAAAUUAUUAGAAGAAAAAUAAUUUAAAGCAGAAUUGGGUUUAGGUUUAAAGAUUAUUUAUUCUCAUAAAGACAAUAACAUCACUUACAUGAGAACACAAUUAAAAUAAAAACAAGCAAUUAACAGACAUUCGUUGUCGUACUUACAUUUUCAAUGGAGAAAAUAACACACAAAUUAUUAAACACAGACCAACCAGAUACCCCGGAUCAAUU